UCCAGGACUCGUUCAAUCUCGCAUCCACGCGCACUCGCCAGCGGUCGCCAAAACCCCACGUUGCUAAAUACGCCUCAAUACCAACAAAUCUCUCCUCUCAUGUUCGUCUUAAGCGUCCCACUACCAAUCGCCAAAUCCCUUCCGCCCCUCCGUCAAGAAAUCAAAUAGUCCCACACCUACCACGCCUCCUCUCGUUUCCUCCCUUCUACCCGCGCCUCCCGCUCCCAUGGACCUCCGCCUCCUCUCCUCCCGCCUUCUCCCCCUCCCUCCUUCCAUCACCCGCCUUCCUUCUCGCCUCUUCGCCUUCCCCUCCCGCUCUAUCUCUUCCCCCUUCCCUCUCCGCCCUUCUAUCCCAAGAAUUCGAUUCCCGCCCAGUGCUUCCGGCCGUGUACGGCUCAAUCCCGCUUGCUCGUCCCAUGCCGAAGAAUCCCAGCUGCCCGACAGCGGCGGCAUCGCCGGGUCCUCCACGCUUUCCGGGGAGGAGCUGGAUUCUGGCCCACCGAGCAUUUGGGCGCAGAUGAAGGAGAUUGUCUUGUUCGCGGCUCCUGCGACUGGGCUGUGGAUAUGUGGGCCUCUCAUGAGCCUCAUUGACACUAUGGUUAUUGGCCAGGGGAGCUCCUUGGAGCUCGCCGCCUUGGGACCGGGGACGGUGUUCUGUGAUUACCUGUGCUAUGUGUUCAUGUUCCUCUCCAUUGCCACUUCCAAUAUGGUCGCCACUUCGCUUGCUAAAAAGGAUAAAGGGUUAGCACAACAUCAGAUAUCCAUGUUACUCUUUGCUGCUUUUGCUUGUGGCUUAGGAAUGUUUCUGUUUACACGAUUGUUGGGUCCUCAAGUACUAGCAGCUUUUACUGGGUCAGAGAAUAUGCACAUUGUUCCUUCUGCCAAUACAUACAUUCAGAUUAGAGGCUUUGCAUGGCCUGCAGUCCUUGUUGGAAUGGUUGCUCAAAGUGCUAGUUUAGGUAUGAAAGAUUCAUGGGGACCAUUGAAGGCUUUGGCAGCUGCUAGUGCCAUAAAUGGUUUUGGUGAUAUUCUCCUCUGUUUUGUUUUCGGCUUUGGUAUUGCUGGUGCUGCUUGGGCGACAAUGUUAUCACAAGUAGUUGCAGCUUUCAUGAUGAUGAAUACUCUAAACAAGACAAGUUUUGGGGCUUUCUCAUUAUCUGUCCCAUCACCUGGAGAGCUUCUCCAGAUAUUUGAGAUUGCUGCUCCAGUGUUUAUAACAAUGACAUCAAAGGUGGCCUUCUAUUCCCUACUCACUUAUUUUGCCACAUCAAUGGGAACAAUGACUAUUGCGGCGCAUCAGGUUAUGAUUAAUGUCUUCUGCAUGUGCACUGUCUGGGGUGAACCACUCUCUCAAACUGCUCAGUCAUUUAUGCCAGAAUUGAUACAUGGAGUUAACCGCAGUUUGGUGAAGGCACGAAUGCUGUUGAGGUCACUAAUUAUAAUUGGAGCUAUGACUGGAUUGACUUUGGGAGUUGUUGGGACAUCUUUCCCAUGGCUCUUCCCUUAUCUGUUUACAACUGAUCACACGGUCAUUGGAGAGAUGCACAAAGUAUUGCUUCCAUAUUUUAUUGCAUUGAUAGUGACACCAUCGACACAUAGCCUUGAAGGAACAUUGCUGGCUGGUAGGGAUCUUAGAUUUUUAAGUUUGUCAAUGACUGGAUGCUUUUGUUUCGGUGGCCUUACACUAUUGCUUGUUUGCAGUAGGGGUUUUGGUUUGCCAGGAUGCUGGUGGGCCCUAGCAGGGUUUCAAUGGGCUCGAUUUUCACUUGCUUUUCAGCGGCUUAUUUCUCCUCAUGGCAUGCUAUACGGCGAUGAUUUUUAUCAGCAUGAAUUGGUGAAGGUGAAAACCACGUAGUGAUUUCUUCUCUAUUCAUAUAGUUUAGAGAUGGAGAUACUCCUGAAAGCCCUAAACAUCUGUUCCUGGCCCGAGAUUUUGUGAUAUCUGGCACUACCAAUGGAAGCGUUCCUCUAUUUGAUAGGACGUAUCCACUGGCAUUUAUCAAAAAAAGUUAUCACGGAGAAGCUUCUUGCUGAUGACCUCCUCAUAAAAUAUUAUUUUUUCAACAAGCUCUGAGAGCAAGGUACAAGUGAGGCAAUUUAUGUAAAUCAUCCAAUUUUAUGUAAUAAUUUUUGGUACUUGUGAGUUCUUGAUUUUUGUAACUUCUUCCAGAUUGAGUUACUAUAUCAAGAUUUCAGAAGAGUUUCUUACUGUCAA